AUGCCAGCUCUAUUGGAGGACCCAGAGUCGGCCGUGGUUUAUCGGACAUCAGGCCAGGGCCCGUAUCCAACCUCGGACAAUCCUCAAAUUCCAUCCUCCAUAUUCCCCAGGCCUGUCACACUCCGAGAUCGCGUUACUGUUGCAACUUUGAUACCAUUCUUUUCUCCAGAUGCCGUUCCCAAGAGACUCCUCUCUUACCUUAAUGACAACCUCAAUAAAGAAAUCGAAAGUGGGGACACUUACCCAAUGAUCGAUCCUUUACCUCUGGAGACCUUUGGACCCUACUGGUUUGGAAAUUUUGGUGCGGUUAUGGUGCUCGGCGAUAUCGGAGGCAUUGAGGCUGUCACAGAAAUGGACCGCAACGGUGCAGACUGGAAUAAAUUGUGUUUGGGAAGCUUUUAUGUCAAGCCAAACUACCCUGGACGAAGCAGUCAUGUUUGCAAUGGAGGAUUUUUGGUGACUCCUGCCGCUCGUAACAAGGGCGUGGGAAAGUCCAUGGGCCAAUGCUACCUCGAUUGGGCGCCUCAAUUGGGCUACACAUAUUCUGUUUUCAAUCUGGUAUAUGAGACCAACACCGCCUCCACCAGGAUAUGGGACUCGCUCGGUUUCAAACGCAUCGGACGAAUUCCUGGCUGUGGUCACCUAAAGUCGUCUGAUGAACCUGUUGACGCCAUCAUUUAUGGCAGAGACCUCAAGUCAGACAGUGAAAAUGACGUUUCUGAGGAGCGCUUCGACAAAAUCCGGUACUAUUUAAGACAUCAAAACUAUCCUCAAGGGGCCGACAGGUCGGAGAAAAGCCGACUGAGAAGUGCCGCCGUUCACUACAAACUGGUUGGUGGUGAAGAUGGCGUCCCUGAAAAGCUGUUUUUAAAGGACAAGGAAGUAAUCUCAGAUCCUCAAGCACAGUACCAGAUAGCCAAGGAUAUCCAUCUGCAGGCUCAUGGAGGGAUCAAUAAAACCACGGCCAUCAUAGCGACCAAGUAUCACUGGAUUCGGAUCAAAGAAACGGUCAGCCAUGUGAUCAAAAAUUGCCCGGAAUGCAAGGACGUGAACAAACCACCGAUGAUUCGCUCAGAGAACCGGCCAGGUCGGAGCAAAACUAUCGAUGAACCUCCGCCAUCAUUACCACAACCUCAACCAGAACCAGAACCGGCAACGGACGUACAACGUGCUCCCCCGGAAGAGAAUCUUACCGCGAAUCAUAUAUCUGAUCACGACUUCGCAUCGAUGCAGCAACCAAUGGAUCUUGCCAACGAACACCUCGCCGAUGCCGAUGCACACCUUCACGCAUAUGACGAGAUGGCGAUAGAUCCGCAGAUCAUGGAACAGAUCGAGGCACAACUGGCGUCUGAAUAUGAAAACAACCCUCACGCCUAUGUUCAGGCCGGGCUAUCCCCUUUCACCGGUCCGCCACAUCUACAGACGCAUCACAAUCCGCACGAGUUCGACCACCAGAAUCAGAACCAUCAGUUCAUGCAUGAUCCCAACCCGGCCAUGAUGGCUCAUGAUCAUGUAAUGGAUGAUGGUGGCGCAGGCACAGGACUAAGCAACAUGCAACCGAUGCAACACGUAUUGCCAAUGGACUAUAUUGGUCCAAAUAACGAUCAGCAAUACAAACUUGAACAAUAA